GCGUCCUUGUCAGUGUCCGUAAACGCGAUAUACUCAUUUACGACCCAAUAAGCUAGGAAACUGAUUGAGACGCACGGUUUAAUUUUAAAUCCAACUGGAUUGGAAACAGAGAGGGAUUUCAGUCACAAAUCAAGGUUUCUUUUCAUGGAGCUGAAGAGAAAAAGAGAAAAGCAGAGAAAGAAAGGCAAUAACAAGACUUGUUCUUGGUACUCCAUAUGCCUUCCAAUUUAUACAAUCCUGAAAUAACCUCUGGUAUGAGACGAAGGAACAGAAUUACCAUGACAGUUACACCUUCAACUAUUUCAGUUCACAGGUACAAAGGGCCAGUAAUUUGUAUCGUGCUGAUAUUUCUGUCGGCGAACUGCCCUAAUUCUGUGUGGCAUUGAUUCAACAAGGUGCUGAAAGCAUUCUUUAGAAAUCUUGGAUUAUAUUGAUGAGAUGGCAUCUUGCAGUUGAUGGAGAUUUGUGGGAUCCACACUAGGGUUGCUAUGGUGACAGAAUUUUCCUGCCGGUUAAUCAGCAGACUGUAUGGACAUUUCUGGAUUGUGGUCAGAUGCAAAAAAUCAUGCUUUCCAUGCCCAGAGCCCAUUCACUGACAAAACACAUACAAACAAAUGCAUCAUCAACAAUUUCAGUGCUUGACAUGGGAAUCAGUGAGGAAGAAUGGGAUAGACUUCAGAAGGCUCUUGACUGGCCGAGUCCAGAACAAGAAAUCACACAGCUGAAUCAGAGCACAAGUCCAGUUCACACAACAUUCACUAUUGUGGGACUCAAUGAAACUUACAAAGUGGGAGAGAAGAUCCAUGUUAUUAUUACAGCUAGAGAUCACAACAACAACUUAAAAUCAUAUGGAGGUGAUUUUUUUCAAGCAAAGCUUUUCAAUUUAAACUUAAAGGCAAGCGUUUAUGGCAAGGUUGAAGAUCACCGCAAUGGGACGUACACUGUUGAUCUUCUGCUACCCUGGGAAGGUCAGGCACAAGUGUCUGUUCGACUGGUCCACUCCACUGAAGUUAUAAAGUUUACUAAAAAAUACUGGGAGUCCUCAAUUGCACGCAGCCAUUAUUAUGGCUACUUUGAAGGACCAGGACCUGAUGGAGUCAUGAUAAGUGAGAAAGUGGAAUGUAAUCUUAAAUGGGGCCCAGACGGAAGUUGGAUUAAAGGCAACUGCUGCUGUGAAUAUAAAGAUGUAAAAACAGGAACGGUAUGGCAAUGUGAGAGACCAAAGAACCUUACCUGUGACUACUGGGUGUAUCAUGAAAGAGGACCAUUGAAAAGUCCGUUAACCCCUUUUGAGAAGCAACUCAUUUCAAGAAAAUUAACAAAUGUUGGCAUUCCUGGAGAAACUCAAAUCAUAAACAUCCUCCCCAGUACUGCAGGCAAUGGCACAACAGAAAGAUGCAGAUCUGGUCUGACCACACCAGUUCCUGCAGGGUUUUAUUUUAAGGAUGUCUGGAAGUCCUUUGUGUGUAACACUCAAAGUUUUAGUUCACCACAAAUGAUGAAUUGUCUUCAAAACAAGAUAAUUUACUUAUUGGGAGACUCUACCACAAGGCAGUGGUUUGAGUUUUUUCAAAGAAAAAUGCCAGGUCUGACAAAAAUUAAUCUUUACUCUGAUUCCCAGAAUGGCCCCUUGAUGGCUGUGGAGUGGAAAAAUAAUAUCAUUAUUCACUGGAGGCCACAUGGUUUGCCUCUGCAGUUUCGUAAAAUGCCAGCAGCUGACCUGCAUUAUAUCAGCAAUGAAAUUGAUUCUAUAACAGGUGGUCCUCAUGUGGUUGUUGUCGUCACAAUAUUUGCCCACCUGGUUGUUCACCCAGUAACAUUUUAUGUACAUAAAGUGGCCGGAAUUCGUCAAGCUGUGGUUGCGCUAUUGAAGCGUGCACCAAAGACUACUGUCAUUAUCAAGUCUGGCAACACCGGACUCACAAAGAAUGAAUUAGGAAAUGACUGGCACAGGAUGCAGUUAAACACCGUAUUGAGAGAGAUGUUCAGUGAUGUUAAGGGAGUGGUCUACUUUGAUGUCUGGCAGAUGACUUCAUGUCACUACACACCUGAAGACAUUCAUCCAGCCGGUGUAGUCGUCAGCAAUGAGAUUGACAUGUUGCUCUCAUAUAUCUGUCCUUCUUGACACGUGUAAAAUAAAAGCAAAUAUUUGAUUUAUUCAAAAAUCAUUUACUCUCCUAACAACAUCAAACUUUUAAACGGUGGUCGGUGUCAAUAAUUCUUUGUUUAAAAAAAUCUAUUUAUUCAUGUCCUUCAAAAGCUACAUUUCCCAGAAAACAAAUUCAUAACUCUAAAUUAAUCAAUAAUGUUGUAUUACAGUUGUCUUCAUUGUGUUGAUAAUACAAUGAUGUUACAAUCUUUGGCAUUUGUGUUUUUGUUUGUAUUGUUUUCUAAUUGUCUGGGAAGGGAUUGGUUGCCAUUUUGCACUUUGGAUCACACUUUGUCCGUCUGUUUUGUGAGGUGGGCAUUGUUGGAGAAAAUGUAUUUCUUAUUACAUUUUCUAAUAUAUUAUGUUACCAUAUAAGAAUGUAUAUUCCUUGGCUUAGAUUUAGGAAUGUAUAAUCAUUUGCUUAGAAUCAUAUUAAUCUAAACUGCCAAGGUGAAAUAGUGGGUAGAAUGUUUUCUUGUUAUCAUACGACCUUUGAUUACUGCAUAUUCAAGCUGCAUCAUCAAGUUACUAUCUCUGUUUUGGUAGAAUGUAUUCAAUCCUAUUCUUCUAGACUUAGAAAUAUGUGUGAUGUUGUUACCAUUGUGAAGGUCUGUGAGGUUCAACCUUUGGAAUGAACCGAUAACCAGUGAUUAAAACCUAUAUAAAUACAGUCCACAGAGAAGCUCAGAUCGAGAGACAGUUGAGUGUUUCCUGAUGAGACAUCUCAAUCUGGGUUCUCCCUGCAGAAUAUAUACUACCCCAUUCGUGGUCUGAGUGUGUCUUAUUUUUGUUAAGGUUCCUAAGUAUUUUAAACCUGACAGGCAUUGUUAUAUGAUCCCCUAUUUAUUAAAUUAUA